AUGGAGGAUAACAACAAAAACCACCCACAUGACACAAGAGGGGGACGGGACCGACCAAUCAGAGGACAAAAUCUAACGAGCGGAAGUGCCUGUAGGUCCGCGAUUGGAACAGGCUGGGGGCUUGAACCCCAAAAGACUCUAUGGAUAUAUGAGGCUAUACUGAGGCCAAAAUUGACCUAUGCUGCAACGAUAUGGUGGAAAGUAACCACCGAAAAAAAGACCUCAAAGGCGAUCCUAGAUCACAUACAGGCAGUUGUCCCGAGAGGGUCUUUCGUGCUAAAAAGAAGCACACUUAUAGCUGCGGUCAGAAUGAUGCUGGGUUUGAAAGGACUGGACCUGGACAUCAGGGAACAAGCCGCAAGAACAGCAUACAGACUGAUCGGCGAAUCCAGUUUGGCGGAAACUUUAAAACAAGGAUACCAAACAGGGAGGAGUGGAAGGAUAGCAAGGCACUGGGACACGGAGAAAUUUGGUUCACAGAUGGAUCCAAAACAGUCAAAGGAACAGGAUGCGGGAUACAAGGUCCUCACAACAAGGAGGGGCUGUCCCGCAGAAAUGGCUGCAAUAGGUAAGUGUGCGGAAAAGCUUAUAGAGGAUAGCGUCGAAGGCAGAGACUUACAAAUCUGCACUGAUAGUCAAGCCUCUAUAAUGGCACUGGAGAAGCCAAUAACUACCUCCAAGCUGGUUCAAAGGGUGAAAGAUACCUUAAAUGAACUAGGAACGAGGAAUAGAGUAACUAUUACCUGGAUACCUGGUCACUCGGGAUACAAGGGUAACGAAAAAGCUGACAAACAUGUAAAGCAGGGAGCAGAUAUGGAAGAACAACCGGACGGGGAGGUAGGAAUACAAUACCAAUAA